AUGGUGUAUGCGUUACAAUCUAAAUUAGCCAGCAUGGGCACCGACUUCAAAGAGAUACUAGAAGUGCGUAUAGAAAAUCUCAAACAACAAAAAGCGCGUGAUACAACACCAUUGCUGGGUGCAGUCGGAGGUAGUGGAAUACAAACGCCGCAGCAGAUUGCAUUAUAUGAUGACUCCGAUAGUUACGUGCAACAGCGGGCUGAGACUAUGCAGAACAUUGAAUCGACUAUUGUCGAGCUAGGCGGUAUAUUUCAACAAUCAGCACAUAUGGUUAAGGAGCAAGAGGAGACUGUGGAGCGUAUCGAUACAAACAUACAAGAUGCCGAAUUGAACAUAGAAGCGGCGCAUGGUGAAAUAUUGAAGUACUUCCAAACUGAUGAUAAAAAUCUUCGCAGUACUGAUAUUCUCUUUCAUAUUCUUCGUAGUUUUCCUUACAUAAUAACGAAUAUGUUUGCGACAUGGCAAGAUUUUAACAAGUUCAGAGGCGCG